CUCAAUCUGUUUCUCUGAAGUGUGGGACUCCCAUGUGUCUGUUUGUAGACGCGCGUCUGUUAUCUAAACGCGCACGCAAAUCCUGUAUUUAACCGGUGCGCUUCUAAAUAAUGUUUCCACGAACCAGCGGGGACGAAGACAAGCUUUUCCACACAGCCGCGCUGCUCUCUAUUAGAACCUGGAUGAUGAGGAACUCCAGUCGCUUUCGCGACGGGCAAAACCGCGACGGGACAGUUUGCAUGACCAACUGUCCCACUCUCAUUGUGACUGUGGGCCUGCCAGCGAGGGGAAAAACCUACAUUUCUAAAAAACUCACACGCUACCUCAACUGGAUUGGUGUACCAACAAAAGAAUUCAAUGUGGGACAGUAUCGGAGAGAAUGUGUGAAAAUCUACAAGAGCUUUGAGUUCUUUCGCCCUGAUAAUGAGGAAGGCCUGAAGAUAAGAAAGCAGUGUGCUUUGGCAGCACUCAAUGACGUUAGACAGUACCUCAGUGUUGAGGGCGGCCAGGUUGCUGUGUUUGAUGCCACGAACACAACCAGAGAACGGAGGGCCACCAUAAUGAGAUUUGCAGAACAAAAUGGCUAUAAGGUGUUUUUUGUGGAGUCAGUGUGUGAAGACCCCAAAGUCAUUGCGGAAAACAUUGUGCAGGUGAAGUUGGGUAGUCCUGACUACACUGACUGCAACACUGAAGAAGCCAUCCAGGACUUUAUGAAGAGAAUCAAAUGCUAUGAGAACAGUUACCAGCCACUGGAUGAAAACCUAGACAGAGAAUUGUCAUACAUUAAAAUAAUGGAUGUGGGUCAGCGAUAUUUGGUCAAUCGUGUACUCGACCACAUCCAGAGCAGAAUCGUUUAUUAUUUGAUGAACAUCCACAUCACACCACGCUCCAUCUACCUCUGCCGCCAUGGAGAGAGCGACCUUAACGUCAGAGGUCGCAUCGGAGGCGAUUCAGGCCUGUCGCCCCGCGGAAAAGAGUUUGCUCAGUAUCUAGGGAGGUUUAUACAGGAUCAGAAUAUAAAGGAUCUCAAGGUGUGGACGAGUCAGAUGAAGAGGACCAUCCAGACCGCUGAGGCGUUGGGUGUACCGUAUGAACAAUGGAAAGCCCUCAAUGAGAUUGAUGCUGGUGUUUGUGAGGAGAUGAUGUAUGAGGAGAUCCAAGAGCAUUAUCCUUUGGAGUUCGCCCUCAGAGAUCAGGACAAAUAUCGCUACCGCUACCCCAAAGGAGAGUCUUAUGAGGAUCUUGUCCAGCGUUUGGAGCCCGUCAUUAUGGAGCUUGAACGUCAGGAGAAUGUUUUGGUUAUUUGUCACCAGGCUGUUAUGCGGUGCCUGCUCGCUUACUUCCUGGACAAGAGUGCAGGAGAGCUGCCGUACCUGAAAUGUCCCCUACACACAGUCCUAAAGCUUACUCCUGUGGCCUAUGGCUGUAAAGUGGAGUCGAUCUAUCUUAAUGUGGAGGCGGUGAACACUCACAGAGACAAACCUGAGAAUGUAGACAUUUCCCGUCUGCCAGAAGAGGCUCUUCUCACUGUUCCACCCCACUACUAACCUAUGACCUCACAUCCUGUACAAGCAACACUCCAUCAAGCUAUUCCAUCCUUUUUAUGUAACUCCUCUCAUUGGUUUGUGUGUGUUUGGAAACUUCAGGCAGAAAGUCAGUUAAGAGUCCUGAAGUUAAGCAACUUCAGGCCUCAUAUUUGUAUUUUCCUUUCUUCUCAAUUGCCACAUAGGUGACUGGAAUCCAGUUAUUGAUUAAUAACCCUAGUGUUGGGGUGCGAGUGUAUGUGUGUCUGUGCUUGCAAUCGAGGCAGGUGCAGAGUGGAUUCAAAGGCGAUUCAAGUUUUCUUUCUAUAAUUUUCUACUGAGGAUUUUUGCUGAAAUCAUUAACGUUUGUAUGCAAGACUAAAUGAUCAGUGCUGGUGUGUUUUUUUUCCACAUACCGGCUACUUUUGCUUCAUGUUUCCUUAAGCAAUAUUUUACAUCUCAAUCAUUCACACACUAGUAUUUAAAUUAAGUGCUUUAGCUGUCAUCUAACACUAAAUGCUAUUUGUAAAAACAGAAUACAUGACUUGGGUUAAAAAGCGUAAUUGCAAAUUAAUCAGCGCACAUGAACUUUACUUUUGUAGUGUUGAAACCACCUGGAUUUUGCAGAAGUGUGACAUAUUUCCAAAAAAAACGACUGUCGGUUUGGAUGCUCAAAAUACAGCAAGGAAUUUACAAAUAUAUUACCUCUGUUACAUUUUCAGUAAAAGCCAAAUUCAAUGUUUACAUUUUUAACAUUUACAUUUUUUUUGCACAUCAAGCAUACUUACGCUUUUCUUAAAUUUUUUUUUUUUUUUUUUUUUUUUUUUUGCACAGAGGGUGUACUUUCCUAAGUCUCAACUAUAUAUUUGAAAUUACUUUGUGGUUAUAUAUUUACUUUUUGUUUUGUUUUGUUUUUUUUACUCUACAGCCUAUAAGUGUUUAUGGAGAUAAAGUGAGUGAAAUGUUUUCAUCUCUGUUAUUGUCAUGUUUAUUACAAGGACUGUUUUUUCUAUUUUUUGAAGAGCACUUCUGAGAACCGAAUAGCUCUGUGAAUCUGUGAUUUAAUCUGUCCUGUGGGUCUCUGUGAUCAGUAGGACUGACUAUGCUAAUGUGUGUAAAGCUCAUGGUUCUCAAAUUUGACGCACAAUGUUACAUUUUCUGGAAGUACUGUCAUUAAAACAUUCUGUCAUCAA